AGUCAACCCAACCGUGUCAAUUCUCUCUACCUUAUUACUUUUCCACCCAAAAAGCUAACCCGUCACUACUACGGCAUCUUCUACAAUCUCACUUUUGUUUCUAUCCUUGGUCCGGAUAUCCUACUCGCGCUCGUAGGUAUUUCCACCAUUGACCAUUUCCCAUUCUAUCACGAUCUUUGCCACCCUUUUUCACAUCUGUAUUCCUCCAUUUUCCAUCUGAAUUGAGGUCUUCACCGCUACUAUCAUGUCGGGCUUCGGUGGCUUCGGCGGUAGUGGUAGUGGUUUCGGCGGCAAUAAUAACAGCACUUCUACCGGUUUCGGUGGAUUUGGUGCCAGCAACACAGCCAACACAGGCUUUGGCGCAAACAAUAGUAACACUGGCGGUUUUGGUACCCCUAAUAAUACCGCCGGUGGUGGUGGUGGUAGUGGCCUAUUUGGCUCUGGCAACACAUCAUCCGGCUUCGGUGGAAACACCGGUGGUGCGUUCGGCUCGACAAGCAACACGGGUGCCUUCGGCGCGAAACCUACCUUCGGCGGUACAGCUACGAGUACAGGCAGUGGCUUGUUCGGUGGUUCUACUACUUCGACUACUGGUGGCGGCGGCGGCUUCGGCGGCUUCGGGGCUGGUAAUAAUGCCUCGACAUCCACCCCUUUCGGCGGCAGUACUGGCGGUUCUAUCUUCGGAAACAGCGCCAACAACAAACCUGCCUUCGGAGCGACGAACACAGGCACCUCAGGUAGUGGACUUUUCGGUGGAAAUGCAACCAAUAACACCAACACAUCAACUGGCUUUGGUGCAUUCGGCGGUACAUCGAACACACCUGCUAGUACAGCUUUAGGUGGUCCAGUAGGGGAUCCUCCCGGUACAGCCAAUAUCACAAGCUUCUCGCCCUUUGUGGAAAAGGAGAAUAAUACCUCCAGUGCGCAAAACUCUUAUCAGAACAUUCUAUUUCAGGAUCCCUACAAAAAGUGGUCUGCCGAGGAGUUAAGACUUGCUGAUUACGUAGCUGGCCGUCGCUUCGGUGGCACAUCCGGUACUGGAACAUUUGGUGUCGGUUCUGGGUUCGGUGGCUUUGGUAACCAACAGACAUCGAACGCAUUCGGCAGCACGAGCACACCCACAAAUACCGCUGGCACAGGCGGUCUUUUCGGAGGUACCGGUACAUCUAGCACCUUCGGGCAGAAUAACACCAAUACCGCCGGAUUUGGUGCAAAUAAUAAUUCUGGUGGACUAUUUGGAAGCAAGCCUGCGACAACCGGUGGCUUGUUCAACAGCACUCCCACAACUCAGCCGGCGCAGACAGGCGGUCUAUUCGGCUCUGGAAGCACUGGUUUUGGCAAUACAGGAAACACUGGCACGGGGUUCGGGGCUACUAACAACAAUACGAACACCGGGAGCGGAUUAUUUGGCGGCGCCAAUAACCAACAAAAGUCUGGCUUUAGUUUCGGUAACACGAAUAACAAUGCCACAAGCGGUGGCUUUGGCAACAACACCGGAGGUGGGGCUUUUGGUACCGGUGGUAAUACUGGUGGUGGUCUCUUUGGUGGCAAUAAUACCGCUCAAAAUGCUGGUAACAGCGGCGGUGGUUUAUUCGCUAAUACAAAUCAGCAAAAUACCGGUGGCUCGUUUGGGGGUAGUACCGGCGGUGCCUUCGGAAACCAGAACCAACAACAGACGGGAACCUCUCUUUUUGGUAACAACCAACAGAAACCGGCAGGUACAAGUCUUUUCGGGGCUUCCAAUAAUACUGGUGGAACUAGCGGUGGUAUCUUUGCUAAUUCGACCACUGCCAACAAUUCUUUUGGCCAACCAAACAAUAACCAGGGCGGCGGUCUAUUUGGCAAUAAGCCUGCUACUGGCACAGGCACGGGAUUGUUUGCCAAUGCAGCCACGCCCCAGAAUACAAAUACUGGAGGUGGUCUCUUUGGUGGCUUAGGUCAAAAUAACCAAAAUCAGCAGCAACCCCAACAAGGCAGCAGCUUAUUCGGAGGUCUUGGCGGUCAAAAUCAACAGAAGCCCUCCCUAUUCGGAAGUACUACACAACAAACUGGUGGUGGUAUUUUCGGGAACCAGAACAAUCAGCAGGGUUCGUCCCUCUUUGGAGUACCAGGUGCACAGCAACAACCACAAAACAACAUGAACAGUUCCCUAUUUGGAAACUCACAGGCCAGCCAGGGUGCACCUUCUCUGACCGCCAGCAUCAAUGAUCCUAAUGCCUAUGGAUCCCUAUUUUCCAACCUUGGAAGUAGCGAGAUCGCCGACCCUGGUCCUCUUGCAACCCCAACGGGUAGAAAACAAGCCCGAAAGCCAUCAAUUCUUCCGUAUUACAAGCUCAACGCCUCUUCGGCCCCUCGUUUUGUGACACCGCAAAAGCGUGGGUACGGCUUUUCUUAUAGCACAUACGGCACUCCAAACAGUCCCUCAAGCGUGGCUAGUACCCCAGGCACGAUGUCGCAGAGCUUAUUGGGUGGUAGUUUAUCACGUAGUCUUGGCAAUUCCCUCGCUAAAAGUGUUUCGACGAGUAACCUUCGUCGCAACUUCAAUAUCGAAGAUAGUAUUCUAGCUCCGGGCGCAUUUUCCGCUAGCUCCGGGUCGAGACUAUACGGUAACAACAGCGUCAAGAAAUUGGUUAUUAACAGAGACUUGCGUAGUGACUUGUUCUCGACACCUACCAAAGACAAGCCCACGCCCGAGACACCAAACAGCUCUCGAAAGCUAACUAAACGAGUUAGCUUUGAUACCAGUAACGUUGAUGCCACUGAGGACAGUGAAGCCGUGAACGGCUCAGCUACUUCGACCCCAAGCGCAGAGCAACUAGGCUACAUUCGACCUAAGAACACUAAUGGGGUCAAUGGCUCUAAGUCAAGUGCCGCGCCUGAAAUGGAACAAGUGAAGGGUAACGAGUUGGCAGUCGUGCACGAGGAAGAAACUGCAUCACCGCAAACCCAGAGCCCUGCAACCGCAGCGGGUGACGGGGAACCUGGCAAUUAUUGGAUGUCCCCGACUAAAGAGGAAAUCCAGGAGAUGAACAGAGUUCAGCGUCAGAAGGUAUCCGGUUUCACUGUUGGCCGCGACAAUGUAGGCUACGUAAAGUUCAAGGUUCCUGUCGAUUUGAACUUAGUUGAUAUCGAUAAUAUCUUCCACAGUAUCGUUAUCCUGGAGCCGCGAACCGCAACCGUUUAUCCCAAUGCGGCGAAGAAACCGCCGGUUGGUAAAGGUUUGAAUGUACCUGCUAUAAUCAACCUCGAGAAUUCUUGGCCUCGCGCCUCAAGAAAGGGAAAGCCAACCUCGCUAACGAAGCACAUUGAACGUCUUAAGAGAAUCCCCGAUACGAAACUUGAGAAUUACAACGCGGAGACAGGCGAGUGGACAUUCUCUGUCGAGCAUUUUACCACCUAUGGCCUCGAUGAAUCAGACGAGGAGGAAGAUGCCGAGCCAAGGCCUUCCGAGGCGGUGUUAAUCUAUGCGCCGAACAGGACUGUUUCCCCAACAUCUUCCGUUAGCGCGGAAGACGCCGGUUCUGAGAGUAGUAUUGUAUACGAUGGUAGACGAAGUCGCCCAGCUCCUCCCGGCGCUUUCGACGCAGAGGAUGAUUUUUAUGCGAAUGAGGAACCGGAAAUGGCAGAAGUUACCCAAUCUCGACAGUCUUUUUUAGCUGAUCGCUCCGUGGGUUCUACAUCCCAAGCUCUAAUCCCUAUGGAUCAAGAGGAAAUGGAUGAUGAAUAUGAGAUGUCCGAGACACAGGAAGAUGCGAGUGCUUCCCCCGGACACCAUCUCGCCGCGGAGCAAGAUGACAACUCGUUCGACGGUUCUCAAUUCGAUGCAGUGCAGGAAACUCCCGCUGGUAUUAUGAGAGCCCGAAUGCGUGCGAUCAAGGGCUCGGCAACACCGAUGAAAGUUCAGGUUUCUUCUGGAGACGAUUGGAUGGAUAUGCUCAGUAAGACAAUCAGUCCUCAGAAACGAGAUCGAGCGCUUUUGAGAACCAUCAAUGAGGCUGAUCGUCACCGUACGGUUAGUGAGGUUGCACAAGAAGCGUCCCCUUUGAAGAAACGCAUUGUACCAGAUGGCCGCGGCUUUGCAACAAGUAUCGACUUGAUGAACUCAUUGUUUGAGAAAGCCAAAGCCCCGGCUGAGACUUUCCAGGCAUCGGUACGACCUAAGGGUGUUAAGUGGCCAUACAAACGACAGACUAAACACCUUGAUGAGAGUAAUAUGGACGAUAAAGACCGAAUAUGGCAUGAUACCAUGCGACCUACAUGGGGACCGAAUGGUACUCUUGUCUUCUCCGCUACACCAAGUAGCACAGCAUUCGGAAGAUCCGGUCGUAUCACUGAAAAGAAUGGGUUAAUGACGGUGCUCAAGGGUGGCAUUGUGUCUGAAUCCCAGGACGUUAGGAUCGCAAAAUUCACAAAUGAGAUGUCAGCCAGAGCUAUUGAUGCUCACACCAAGUUAACACAAGUUCAACUUAUCGAUGGUGUGCCUGCUAUCAGAUUACAUCCCAAGACGAGCCUAAAAGAUUUCGCAGUUGGAGGCAAUGCAAAGAACACAGCCGAAGAACACGAAAGGCUUGUUUGGGAGCUUGCCAGCGUCCUCUUCGAUAACGUCAAGAUCCCCGCGGACCUUCAAAAUAAUACUGACGCCUCUGAGAAACUACGCCGAGAAGGAUUAUCCAGGUUUUGGGAACGCACGGUAGAAGAUCAGACUAGCAGGAUGGCUGCCAUGGCAGGAUCGAGCGAGGAGAAGGCAUUGGUUUCCUUAUCCGGCCAUCGAGUCGCUGAAGCUUGCAAACACCUCCUUGAUGGCAAAAAUUUCCGUCUUGCUACCCUCAUUUCCCUUAUCGGCACUAAUGAUGCGGUCAAGAAGGAUAUAAAGGAGCAGAUGAAAGAAUGGCAAGAAGCGAAUGUGCUUUCCGAAUUCUCGCGACCUAUUCGUGCACUCUAUGAAAUGCUCAGCGGUAACGUUUGUGCAUGUGAGGGUACCAAAGGAGCACUGGAGAACCGUACUGAGUCAUUCCUCAUCUCCAAAAAGUUUGGUCUCAAUUGGCAGCAAGCUUUCGGUCUAAGGCUCUGGUAUGCGAUUUCUACAGAGGACAGCAUUGCAGACGCAGUAGAGAAAUACCGAGAAGACGUAGAGCAAGAUAGGGAAUUGCCACCUACUACUUGGUUUAUUGAACAAGGUAUCAAGAGUAUUUGGAACGACCCGGAUCAGGAGCAGAGACAGGAUCUGCUUUGGGGCUUGCUAUGUCUAUACUCAGACAAUCAGGUGGAUUUGGAAGCGAUACUACGACCAGAAAAUUCCCAACUUUCUCCCCUCGAUUACCGUCUAUCUUGGCAAUUGGGACAGGCGUUGACCUCGACUGGACGUGUUUCGUUCGGAAAGAAUGCUAUUGAAAAGGCUGAUGCUGCCACUGUCUCGUUCGCAGCCCAGCUGAUAAAUGAAGGGAGUUGGUUAGAGGCAAUCUUCGUCCUCCUACAUCUUUCCGAUCCCGAUGCACGAUCCAAGGCCAUCCAGGAUCAUCUCUGCAGGCACGCCGGCUUGAUCGGUAACGAAGAGUCAAGCAGCUUCAGAAAACUUGUGACUGAUUACAAUGUUCCAAAGCAAUGGAUUUGGCAUUCAAAGGCAUUGUUUAUGCGGAGUGUCAAGAAAGAUUCAGCUGCUGAAGUCCAGUGCCUGCUCCGUGCAGAAUCGUGGGCCGAUGCUCAUCGUACCUUCACUAAGGAGGUCGCUCCCAUAACCAUAAUAGAGCGCGAAUAUGACGCACUAGCGGACCUUCUCCAACAAUUCGAGGGUCACCACUCACAAGUUCCCGAUUGGAAUGUCGGAGGCGAAAUUUACAAGGCAUUCCUCCAACUAAUGGGCUGCCAACGACGAUCUGAGCACCCACCCUCCAUUCUAGUUAACGCUCUACUCGAAGGGCUACCAGCUAUGCAUGGCAAUGCACCGGAAGCUGGUAUCAAGGAAUAUGCCGCUUUGACGGAUAUGGCGGCAGAGGUAGCGAAGGUGGUAACCAAUAUGGCUACCAAAGGAGAGAUGGAGCAUGAAAGAAUAUUGCACCUACCCAUGACGGAAGAUGUGCUUCUAAAGCACUCCCGGGAUCUGGCUUGGUCUCACUACUCAACGGUCAUAGCUAGCUAAUGAAAAAGGAGGGGAAAAUAUAGAAACCUCGAUGAGUGGACCCGGGUAAACAACACGCGAGUGAAUUAGUACGCCCAAAUUUGCUUGGGAUGAGGAAGGUACCUAUAGUAGAUACUUCGUUCAGCAUGAAAAUUGGGAGGCUCGAUGGAAUAGCCCAGUGAGCAAAGGCUGUGUUUGGAACGACUUUUUGUCGUAAGGGUGGCACCACGGAGCAUUUGACUUAUGUAGCAUAGUUCACUAAGUAGGUAGCAUAAAAUCUGCUAAUACCCAAAACUAAUUGUUUUA